AUGCCGCAUAUCCUGGAGCCUGCUGGAGUCGGGUAUUAUGGUUAUUUGGGUUUUCUUGCGUCGGUUUAUGGUUUUCCUGGCUUACUGGUUUUCAAAUCAUGUUUAUCGCCACCGACUUCUUCAAGGGGGUUUUGGAUGGGUUAUUAG